CAUCCGCCUUGUGGCGUUCCGCGGUCGACUUGUGUACGCAAUUGGCCGUUUGUCCUGUGCCUGAGGUGCACGAGGGCUUUUUAGACAUGCUUGAGCAAAAUGAUGCUCUUAUCCAGCCUCUGUUUUCCGAAGAACGGUUUUUGAUCGACGCUUUGCUACACAUGCGCAGAGGCACUGGCUUCGAUCGCUUUCUGGCCCUAAUACGUGAGAACGCAGGUGGUAGAUCAUCUGGUGCUUUAGGUGGAACUACUACGAGGACAUCCUCUACAGGUGUGAAUGUGACUGGCGCAAUGCAAGCAGCAGGAGGAGGACGAGGUAGUGGUGGUAGAGCAGGACUAGGUAGUGGUGGUAGAGCAGACGCGUUAACAACGCCGGGUC